AUAUCUUUAACGUGCACAACAAAAAAAAAUAUGAUAAUCCAUUAUAUGUAUAUCACAAGACAGAUAAAAUGAAAUUUAUAUUUAUAUUACAAUCAGCGAUGUUAUGUUUACGCAAUUUAUCAACGAUCUAAAGUUUGAACAAAAGCAGAUAUCGCGCUGAUAAAUUUCUUUAUUUGGAAAGUACUUUUGUUAGAUGAGUACCACUGUUAAAAUAACCCUUUUCUGUAAACAGAAAGAAAGGUUGGGAACCUACUGCCGACAUCGAGACAUUACACAAAACUAAAUUUCGCAACGCUAGUUUUUCAAACUUGUUGAUUAUUCGUAUUUCGUAUAUUCUGCACAUAUGUAAUCUAAACAUAUCUGGAAGAACACAUACAUGAUAUAUCUCACCAGAUGUUGGAACGCUCGCAGUAUUCCACAGGUUGCGGUAAAUAACAGAUCGAUGUCUUAUUCAAUUUCUACCUGAAGCCUCUUUAUCAGAGAGCUAAAAGUGUAAAAUCCAAAGAAAUUGAAAAUAUGAAGAGAAAUUUGUUCGUCGCUGUUUUAGCAUUCUAUAUCAUAAACUUAUCAUAUGCUCUAGAUGCAAAUGUGGGAACCAUCGUCUUCGCAAAUGUUCUAUAUAGACACGGAGAUAGGACCCCUGUAAGGUCAUAUCCUAAUGAUCCUUACAAUAACGAAAGCUUUUGGCCUGUUUCUUAUGGCCAGUUAACAAACCUUGGUAAGCAUCAACAUUUAUUGCUUGGUCGUUGGCUUCGAAAACGUUACUCGCAUCUUUUAAGCGACAUAUAUUCUCCAUACGAUAUUUAUAUCCAAAGUACCGACGUAGAUCGUACUUUGAUGUCAGCAGAAUCGCAUCUUGCUGGUCUAUACCCGCCAAGUGGCAAUCAAGUUUGGGACAGUAUCAAAUGGAUGCCUAUUCCCGUUCAUACUAUUCCAGAAGAUAAGGAUAACGUAUUAGCCGCUAAAAAGUAUUGUCCUAGAUACGAUUAUGAACUAAGGAAGGUUCUCGAUUCUCCAGAAUUAAAAAAAAUAGAGAAAGAAAAUAAAAAAUUAUACGCAUAUUUAACAGAGAAAACAGGAAAUAAAAUUUCUUCCUUAAGAUCCGUCGAACAAUUAUACGAUACGUUAUUUGUCGAGAAUUUGUACAACAAAACAUUACCAGAGUGGACAGAGUCAGUAUUUCCUGGCAAACUUAAAUCUCUCGCUGCGAAAAGCUUUACGGUUAGCGCUUACAAUAAAAUACUUCAAAGAUUAAAAUCAGGAUUAUUGCUCGGAGAAAUGAUAGAUCAUAUGGAAAAGAAAUCAAAAAAUGCAUUAGUGCCAGAUAGAAAAGUAUGGAUGUACAGUGCACACGACGAAACCUUAGCCAACAUGUUGAUGACUCUAAACGUAUUUGAUCCACACUGUCCUCCAUACACUGCUACGAUUCUGUUAGAAUUAAGAGUAAAUUUGAAAAAUCAGUAUUUUGUAACGGUUUCUUAUAAAAAUAAUAGCGACGAACCAGUACUUCUAACGUUACCUGGUUGCAUCGCAUUAUGCCCUUUAAAUCAAUUUAUUGCGCUAACAAAAGAUGUCGUGCCCAUAAAUUGGGAAGAAGAAUGUACAUUAAAGUGGGAUAAACUUGGAUAUAAUAUAAAUACAACGGCAGUCAUUGCGAUUCUGACGUCCUCGAUACUAAUGUUAGUUUUACUAGUGUUAUCUAUAAUUGGCUUUAUUUAUUGGCAUUAUAAACGAGAACACAACCAGUAUUACCUCCGGUUAACAACAGAUCCUAUAUAACUGAAUAUAUAGUAUAUACAUAUAGUAUUGCCAGAAUAAUGCGUAUAUUAUGUCUACCAUACAAUCAAUGUCUUCAUGAUUAGAUUAUUAACAAAACUAAAGAUAAAUUAGAAAUUCGUAUUUGAUUUUAUAUGCAUUUACAGAUAAAUUGCCGAUACGUGCAAAAG